ACAACACGUGGAAAGAAGAUGAAACUAUAUGUUUACAUUGAAACAACAAAAGAGAAUGUAGUCGUGACAAAUGUUAAUAAAAAUCUUACUGUUUCCAAACUUAAAGAAAGAAUUGAAGAUCUAGUUGGCAUUCCGAGUCAUCUACUGGAGUUGUUUUAUCUUGAUGAGUGUCCAUUGUUAGACAGUAAACCUCUCAGUUAUUUUCAUAUUCUGUCUGAUGCGCAUAUCAAAGCACGUGGGUGGAAAACCAAUAAAAAUUUAAUCCAGGCGUCACGUGACGGUGAUUGGGAAGCAUUACAUAAAGAAAUUCUAGCAUCGUGUCGCUACGAAAUUAGAUACGAUCAUAACAAAGCAUUGUCAGCGUUAUUGAUUGCAUGUUAUCAUGGUAAUGCUAUUUUGGUGGAAAAAUUAUUAAAAACUGGUGUUAAUUGUCGAGCAUGUUUUCAUUCUGGCAAAGACGCGCUUUGUGUAGCAGUCUCGCGUGGUCAGAUAAGUUGUUGUGAGUUAUUAUUGCAAAGGAAGGUGCGAUCGUUCGAAUGGAAGAACAACAGAACUUCACUAACCAAUUGGAGCUUACAAGAGAGAAUCAAAAGAGGUUUAGAUCGAAUCGAAGAAACUCGAAAAGUUCAGACCAAUGAGCAAUACUCACGCUUAACCAAUUCACAAAUGUAUGACUCAGCACUUUCUACGUGGUUCAAGAGUACGCAUGCGCAGAUAUAUUUGUGCGAAAUACUUGACAGUCAAACGAAAUCAACGAGAAGAAAAAAACUUGUCUUUAAACCGUAAUAAAGUGAAUUGUUAGAAA